AUGUCCUCUCUGAAGGAGGUAUGUAGCGGUCUCCCCCUGGACCCUUUACCGCCCAAUCGGGGAAGAGACCCCAAUGUGCCACAUGCCCCGACACGGACCCCCGACCUGACAGCAGAGGAGGAGCGGUUGGCGCUGCGAAAUGCAUUGCGUUAUUUCCCCCCCGCCCUCCAUGUGACACUCGCACCCGAGUUUGCUCAGGAGCUGCGGCAGCACGGGCACAUCUACAUGUACCGCUUCUGUCCCACGUUACGCAUGAGAGCGUACCCUAUCGAUCAGUACCCGUGCCGCACACGUCAAGCAGCCUCCAUCAUGCUCAUGAUCAUGAACAACCUGGACCCGGCUGUUGCUCAGUUCCCCCAAGAGCUCGUCACCUAUGGAGGGAAUGGACAGGUGUUUAGUAACUGGGCCCAGUUCCGCCUAGUGAUGCACUACCUGAGUGAGAUGACAGAGGAGCAGACUCUGGUCAUGUACAGCGGUCAUCCCAUGGGCCUGUUCCCCAGCCUGCCUUCCUCACCUCGCGCCAUCAUCACCAACGGCAUGGUUAUUCCAAAUUACUCCUCCAGAACUCAGUAUGAAAAGAUGUUUGCCCUUGGUGUGUCAAUGUAUGGCCAAAUGACAGCAGGCAGCUAUUGCUACAUCGGACCUCAAGGGAUUGUUCAUGGCACCAUGCUGACUGUGCUGAACGCCGGCCGGAGGUACCUGGGCUCUGACGACUUGAGGGGCCGCGUCUUCCUCACCUCUGGCCUGGGGGGCAUGAGUGGAGCUCAGGCUAAAGCUGCAGUCAUUGCCGGCUGCGUCGGCGUGAUUGCUGAGGUGGAUGAGGCUCCUCUCAGAAAGAGACAUGAGCAGGGCUGGCUGAUGGAGGUCACCAGCAGCAUGGACCAGUGCAUCAAACGCAUCAGAGAGGCCAAGAGCUCCAAGACCCCUCUGAGCCUUGGUUACCAUGGCAACAUUGUAGACUUGUGGGAGCGGCUUGUGCUGGAGUACGACAGGACGGGAGACCUCCUGGUGGAUCUGGGUUCAGACCAGACCUCCCUACACAACCCAUAUAACGGAGGCUACUACCCCGUCCAGCUCAGCUUCCGCCAGGCCAAUCAGCUCAUGUCCAACGAUCCCACUCGAUUUAAAACCAUGGUCCAAGAGAGCCUUCGAAGACAUGUUAAGGCCAUCAAUAAGCUGUCUGAUGCUGGUAUGUUCUUCUGGGACUAUGGCAACGCGUUUCUCCUGGAGGCCCAGAGAGCUGGAGCAGAGGUAAAAAAGGACAGUGGAGGAGCAACUGAAUUCCGUUAUCCGUCUUAUGUACAGCACAUUAUGGGAGACAUUUUCUCUCUGGGCUUUGGCCCGUUUCGCUGGGUGUGCACAUCUGGCGACCCCCAAGAUCUUGCUGUAACGGAUGACAUUGCUGCGACCGUCCUGGAGAAAAUUUGCACCGAAGCGACUGAUCGCAUCAGACAGCAAUACAAUGACAACAUCCGCUGGAUCAGAGAGGCUGGAAAACACAAAAUGGUCGUGGGAUCCCAGGCCAGAAUCCUCUACUCUGACCAGAAAGGAAGAGUCUGCAUCGCUUUGGCUAUCAACCAGGCGAUCGCUGAUGGAAGAGUUUCAGCUCCCGUGGUUCUUAGCAGAGACCAUCAUGAUGUAAGCGGCACAGACAGCCCCUUCAGAGAAACCUCGAAUGUGUACGAUGGAUCUGCCUUCUGUGCAGACAUGGCGGUCCAGAACUUUGUUGGCGACGCCUUCAGGGGCGCCACAUGGGUCGCCCUGCACAACGGUGGUGGUGUUGGCUGGGGCGAGGUAAUGAACGGAGGCUUUGGUUUGCUGUUGGACGGUACAGAGGAGGCAGCAAAGCGGGCCAGCCUGAUGCUCAACUGGGACGUCUCCAACGGGGUGGCUCGUCGCUGCUGGUCUGGGAACUCAAACGCCUACGAGACCAUCCAGCGCACCAUGGAGGCCAACAGGCAGCUGCGUGUCACCAUGCCCUUUCCUGUGCAGGAUGAGCGCGUGCUGGACCGCGCCCUGCAGGGCUAGCACACACUGCUAACGAUGCCGACACUUUAGCCUUCAGCCUUCUUUAACCACAUAACGAAAGAAACUUGCAGCUGUAAUCUCUUCUGUUCAACUCAACGUACUGGAAACCUGCAAAACAUUUUGUCAGACCUGAUGAAUCAAUGCCAGUGUUGUUAUAUAAAUUGUCUGCCGCGAAUACACAGAUUUCAAAGUAGGUUAAAGUGUUGUGCUUGGCUGUUUUAUUAAUUCAAUCUGCAGCAAUAUAUUCUUUGUCUUUUGUGCUGAAGGUAGAUAAAUUAAAGUCAUUAAAGUAAUAAAGACCA